CAGAUGCAAUAUGUCAGAUGCAAGAUGUCAGAUGUCCGAUGCAAGAUGUCAGGUGCAAGAUGACAUCAGAUAAAAGCACGUGUCGUGUUGGUCAGCGGUCUACUUUCUAGAAAUUACAGAGUUCAGCAAGAUGGCAAGCGGCGCGAACGAAAAUAAGGUUGUAACAUUUCUUCGCGAAGAAAUUCAAGCUGACGAUUCUAUAAUCCAAAAAUUUCUGUUGGAAAAGGUUGAUGACAAAACUGUUACAUUGCUAAGCCACGAGGAUCUUAAGACUUUAGGUAUUGACUGUCUUGGGGACAGAUUAUUAAUCAUUAACCAUUUCAAAAACUCUGUUCGUGAAGAAAAAUUGGAACGUGUGCGGUCCCUCUUAGAUGCAAGCAAAAAAAGGAAGCAGAAAAGUACUAAUAAUGCCUCAACGAGUAAGAAUGCUCCCACUCUGACGUACUACUUUGGAUGGAAGCACUGGAAUGAGUCUAGAAAGGAGUAUAUCCAGAAAAAGACAAAUAAUGGUGGGGGAUCCAGAGAGUGCAAAUUACCAAGGAAUGCUUCCAAAGAAGAAUGUAUGUCGAAAGCGAAAGAGUUUUUCUUUCCUGAGGGUGAGAGUCCGGAAGGUCGUCAAGAGCUUAUGACUUUUAAGCUCACAGGAAUUGAGAAGGAAAUUGAUGAUGAUUUCAAGUACGAAGACUACAAGAGAGACACGGGUCUUUCAAGGCCAAGGCUGUUCUUGUGCAGUCGUCGACGUAUCAGCUGCGGCAAAGCAAACAACCUAGAAGACAGUGACAGUGACAGUGAUCUUCUUAAAUCAGUAUUUGAUAGUGGCUAUGCAGACUCUGAAGCAGGACCUUCUUUUGAAUUUGACAAGGCAGCUCUCGCGGACAUACUAGGGACAAGUAGAGAAGACAACCAAAGUGAAUUGAUCGGCACAUCUGAGGAGAGAAAAGCCAUUUUCAAGGAACAGCUAGAACAGUUAGAGGAAUCAAGCAGAAUAGACAAGGAAAAAGAUCGUCUGCGUCUAGAAGAAGAGCAGGAACUAACCAAGCAAGAAGAAAUACGCGAAAAAAGAAGACGGCGAGUGCUUGAUGAACCCGCCCCUGGGGAUCAGUCGGUAGAGGUACGUAUACGACAUCCUCGCAUGGGAGUCUUAAAGAGAAGGUUUCACGUAAGAUCAAGUGUACAAGCCGUCUAUGAUUGGGCAGGGUCGGUUAGUGCAACGCCUUUGUACUUUCAGCUAUGCAAGUAUCCAAACACUGUUAUUUAUCCUUCCGAUGAAAUAUCACAAGCAUGCAAUGAAAUCCUUAAUGUGGUUUCAAGAGGACAGCCCGUGCCUCUUUCGGUCGAAGAGGAUUCUGUGACCAUAAAUGACGGGCAAAAGCUCUACAUCGAUAUCGAUAUGGAUGACACAAUACCAGAUGCUCUUCAUAUCGGGCUAUCUGAUACACCACCACAAAUGCUGUUGGAAGACGACGAACCAAUGACGGAAGAAGAAGCCAUUGCCCUUACCCAUUACAACGUCUUAAACAAAAAAAGACAAAAAGAAUUGUCCAAGUACCUCAAAACAAAUAUUGUGGAAAUAGAUAAAGAUCACAUUGUUGAAGAGAUUCUGAAACUAUACAAAGACACGUCGCUACUGCAAAACUACUUAGAAAUUGAAUGUGGACUGACUGCCACAGGCGAUGGAGUGCUCAGAGAAAUGCUCACGAGUUUUUGGGAGAAAUUCCUGAUGCGAAAUGGGGAAGGAAGUAGAGAAAUACCCCUUCCACUUGGCCCAAGCAUUGCACGCGAAACGUAUGAAAUACUUGGAAGAAUUUAUCAUCAUGGAUUUAUGCUAACGGGAAGCUUUCCUGUUACAAUUCCCAGGGCGUCUAUCCAUUACGCCCUGUUUGAUUGCGUUAAGGAUGAAUGCCUUGAAGAGUCGUUCCUGAACACUCUCCCUGCCAAGCAACGCGAAACACUUUCCGCUGCUCUUUCCAGCAAAUCAGCUGCAUCAUUCCCUGAUAAAAUUGUGUGCGAUAUUCUUGAAGAUUAUGGCAACAUGAGAUGGCCGUCCCAAGAGAACAUAUGUUCUAUUGUCAAGGAUGUUGCCGUACAUGAGUUGGUUGCUAAGCCUGCAAUGGCUUUGCAGCAGUUUCGAAGUGGAAUGGGAGAGUUUUGGAAGGAUGUGCCACCGCAGGAAAUUGAUGCAGUGUACAAGCUGUCUCAGCCAACCUCACGUAGAGUCAAGGCAGCCCUUAGAGGUAAUCCUCUAACCAAGAAGGAAGAGUCUGUACUGAGAUGGCUGAAGUUGUUCAUUGAUGAGUGUGGCGAUAAGAUGCUACGGAGGUUUCUGGUUUUUUGCACGGCAUCAGAUAGCCUAGCGCCCGAUAAAACUAUUCAAGUUCGCUUCGAGUCAAUGCCAAGUGCAGCAAUCAGACCGAAGGCGCAGACAUGUUUCCGAAUCCUGAUCCUGCCAACCAAUUUCUGUGGCUAUGCAGCAUUUCAGGCCAACAUGGACAUAUACCUGACUUACAGAGACGCAUGGGAAAUGAAAGACUAUUAAAGUUGAACGGAAUUCAUAUAUAUUUGUUACAGUUCUGGAUGAUGCUUUUGAAGUAGAGUUUUUUGUUGUUGUUGGAAAGUCUGCCAGCAGGCCAAAUGUGAACGACCACGUUCACAUGACUUUGAAAUAGCUUCGUCUAUUACCUACGUCUAUUGCAUGACAGACAACAAGAGGAUUUGUUAUAUAUAUUUGUUACAGUUAUGAAUGCCUCUGCCGUUCAUUGAAAUAGCUACGCACAUGUCAAAUAGCUACGUGUAUUGUAUGACUUAAAACAAAACAGUGGGUGUUACUGACAAAAGAGAAGCUUAUGUGCGAGCUUUACAUCGUUACUUUUUUUAAUAAAAAUUUCAUACAUCA